CUUGACAUGGGAUUGAAACUAAGUAGAAGAGCAUCAGGCAGACAGCGAGGAUUCUGUAGUAAGUUUCUGCGGAGGCAGUCAAGGGACAGUCUCAAGCAUAGAAGAGCUAAUGUCUAUGGUCUUCAUGCUCAAGAUCGUGUACUGGAGGAAGAAGCCCCAAAGAUGUCAGAAACCAGCCCAUCAUUAAAAUUUUCCUCUGGGCAGCCAUUUCCAUUAGGUGUGUCAGAGGAUGAUAAUGGAAUCAAUUUUGCUAUUUUUUCACAGCAUGCAAUUGCAGUCACACUCUGCUUAUCAUUUCCCGAGAGAUCAUAUCACAGGGAUAAGGUGGGAAGGCCAAAUGAUGAAAUGAUUGAACUGGCUCUGGAUCCACGUCUAAACAGAACUGGAGAUGUUUGGCACAUAUGUAUAGAGGACUUGCCUCGAAGCAAGAUUCUCUAUGGUUAUCGCAUGGAUGGUCCUCAAAAUUGGCAUCAAGGGCAUCGAUUUGACAGCAGCAUUGUUCUUAUAGAUCCUUAUGCCAAGCUUGUUGAAGGACGCCAGUAUUUUGGAGACCCCAACCAUAGAUUUACAAAAUUUCUUGGAACUUAUGAUUUUGAGAGUCCAGAUUUUGAUUGGGGAGAUAACUACAAGCUACCAAACAUACCUGAGAAAGAUCUUGUUAUAUAUGAGAUGAAUGUUCGUGCAUUCACAGCUGAUGAAUCUAGUGGCUUGGAUCCAAGUAUUCGUGGCAGCUACCUUGGAGUGAUUGAGAAGAUUCCACACCUUUUAGAGCUUGGUGUUAAUGCAUUGGAGCUACUGCCUGUCUUUGAAUUUGAUGAGUUGGAGUUUCAGAGGCGUCCAAACCCAAGAGAUCACAUGAUCAAUACUUGGGGCUAUUCAACCAUAAAUUUCUUUGCUCCUAUGAGUCGCUAUGCCAGUGGUGGUGGUGGAGCUCUUAGGGCUUCAAGGGAGUUCAAAGAAAUGGUUAAAGCCUUGCAUGGUGCUGGCAUAGAGGUCAUUUUAGAUGUUGUUUAUAAUCAUACCAAUGAAGCCGAUGAUGAAAACCCUUACACCACUUCAUUUCGUGGCAUAGAUAAUAAGGUUUAUUAUAUGGUGGAUUUAAAUAACAAUGGCCAGUUGCUGAAUUUCUCUGGCUGUGGGAACACAUUAAACUGUAAUCAUCUUGUUGUACUGGAACUAAUUCUUGACAGCUUAAGACACUGGGUUACUGAAUAUCAUGUGGAUGGAUUCCGAUUUGACCUUGCCAGUGUACUUUGUCGGGGAACAGAUGGAUCUCUGCUUAAUGCUCCACCUCUUAUUAGGGCAAUUGCCAAAGAUACUAUCCUAUCGAGAUGUAAAAUAAUUGCUGAGCCAUGGGAUUGUGGAGGUCUAUAUCUUGUGGGAAGAUUCCCAAACUGGGAUAGGUGGGCCGAAUGGAAUGGAAAGUACCGUGAUGACAUCAGAAGAUUUAUAAAGGGUGAUUGUGGCAUGAAGGGAAGCUUUGCUACUCGUAUCUCUGGAUCUGCUGAUCUUUACAAGGUCAAUAAACGCAAGCCUUACCAUAGUGUUAAUUUUGUCAUUGCACAUGAUGGUUUCACUUUGUACGAUCUUGUUUCGUACAAUUUUAAGCACAAUGAUGCUAAUGGAGAAGGUGGAAAUGAUGGGAGCAAUGAUAAUUUCAGCUGGAAUUGUGGUUUUGAAGGGGAAACUGAUGAUCCUAAGGUUAAAGCUUUGCGUUCCAGACAAAUGAAGAACUUCCAUUUGGCAUUAAUGAUAUCGCAGGGAACUCCAAUGAUGCUAAUGGGAGAUGAAUAUGGGCAUACUCGUAAUGGGAACAACAACAGCUAUGGUCAUGAUAAUGCCAUUAACAAUUUCCAAUGGGACGAGUUGGACCAAAAGAAGAGUAGUCAUUUUAGAUUUUUUGCAGAGGUGAUAAGAUUUCGCCGGAGUCAUCAAGUAUUUAGCCAUGAAAACUUUAUUAGCAAAAGUGAUGUUACAUGGCAUGAGGAUAACUGGGACAAUUAUGACAGCAAAUUUCUUGCGUUCACGCUUCAUGACAAGAAAGGUGGAGAUAUAUAUUUGGCAUUCAAUGCACAUGACUUUUUUGUUAGAGUUUCAAUACCUCCACCACCAGCAAGGAGGCAUUGGCUUCUUGUGGCGGACACAAAUCUCGAGUCUCCGAAUGACUUUGUCCCUGAAGGUGUCCCAGGCAUAGAAGGCAUCUACAAUGUGGCCCCUUACUCUUCAAUUCUUCUUGAAGCUAAAUAAUGAGUCAUGAACCUGACCUAUCUGCAUAUUACACGAGCACUCCAAGAUUUUUUAUCUGCUAUAUGAGAUACAGGUUUUCUGGGAUCAUUUCGGUAUCAGGUAUUUCUAAGACUAAGGAAAGAGAUCUCUCUUUUGGGUAAAGAAGGAAGAUCAAUCUACAUCACAAAUUGAUGAAACAUUAACAGUUUUUAGACUUUACGCGCACUUAAUUAUAUAGUCAACUUUAGAGGCUUGUCUUUCCUUGGUAGUGAAGAUCUGAAUUGGUAAUGCAAA